GCACUGCACCUGGUCUGGUUGAUACACACGGAUAGCUAAUUAACUAGUACACAUCUCACACCGCACUGAAUCGUCAAUCACUUACUGCUCAUGAUAUCACGCUUGAAAUCUCUCACCUUCAGCCAUAGCGAGACACAAACAACUUACCACUCGCGCAUUCCCGCCCCGCAUUCCUCGGUCGUCACCAGAUCGGGCUCGACAGCGGACACAGCUCACUGCAGCGCCAGAUACUCAUCGACACAGGCUAGUAAGAACUAGCUAUCUGUGCAUCGCUUGCCUCGGCGAAAUAUUCUCAAAUUCUUCUCUGUUGGCGGCUCUGAAAAGAAGAGCAUAACGGUGAAUACGAGUCGUGUCCUCUGCUUUGGCGUAGCGUGUGUAAAGAGGUGUAUGUUCCUACCUCCCAUAAGACUGGUAGAUGUGUAUAAACAGGACAAGUAUCGCAGUCAGCGCGUUCUCGAAAAGGAGCAGAAUCCGUAGGCGAACAACACCUUGAGCGUACCAAACACACGUACAAACAAAACAACAGUAUACGUGUGACGAUGAAACAGCUGUCAUCAGUGCGAAAUACGAGUGGCUGACCAGCCUCGCCCUCAGAGCGCAGAAUUGGCAGGUUGCUGGAGCGCACCAAAAUCUGAUAAGGAAGUUCUUGUCUCUGCCUUGUGUCUCAUGAGCGUUUCUCACGAACGUGCAUACCGUAAUAAGAAGGGCCUCUACAAGACCCUCGAUCAUAACAAGGACGAGCAGCCCCAAGAACCUCUCCACAAGGGCCGCUGACGACGGGCUGUGCGCCUCCCUUUUUAACCCUUCGACCAUGUUGGUGAGAAUCAGUACAAAAGACUCCACCAGGCCGUACAACUUAAUCUGAUCGGCUAGCGCUCUUGUGUAGCGGGGCCCAAUGGCAAGGCAGGCCAGCGCGGUGCUCAUUGACAUGCCGUCAAGGCAGCCGGGGGAGGGCAUUGUGCAGGCCUUACGUCGCAAGAACUUGGUCAUAAACCACCGUUUGAAAAGCGCACACACGAUCACCCCUGACACGAUACAGAGGCACACAUACACGCUCCUGUAUGUCGCACUGCACCACUCCCACCCACCAUAUGGCUGCGCCACGUCCGACACAAGGUCGUAACUACAUAUAAGCAUCGAGACAUCGGCCGAAACGUGCAUGCAAGUGGACUGCGUUUGACCGUACAUGGCAAUCAGAAAGGUGUUGAGUAUUUUGCUUGAAAAAUGCUCCAUCCUCGACUGCAUUAACCUUGGCACCACCAGAUAGACGAUGGCCAGCCAAUUGAGAAGCAGAGAGGGUGUCAGGGGGGGGCCCUGCCCGACCGACCUUGCCGUGCGGCCCGCAAGGCACAUAAACGGCCAGCCACAUAUAAGAGCGAUUACCGCGACCCGGAGUCGCUCCGCGUCGCUUGUAGGUCCGACGUCACUGGGAAGAAUGACGCUCAUAAGCUGCACGUGCCGCCAACAAGCAGAGGCAGAAAUUAUACGACGCAUCACACUGGCAUCCAUAGCUUACGAUCAAUCCCCAUCCGAGGACCAAAGUGUACAGCACAGCCAUCUGAGACGCGUACUCUCUCUUCCGCUGUAGUCGCAUUGUCCUGGCCGCGUCAUAGAAGAAGAGCCACCUGCCACCAGCAGAGAGAGUCCGACGGACUAGCGUAUCGCCAUGCAUUGCUUACGGAAGCAACGAGCAGCUGAGUCCCCACGAAAGGAUCGCAAGCACUCGCCGUAACCACACGGGUAUGGUUGCGAGAUGAUACCAAAGAGUCACCGUAAACCCCAAAGUCGGGCCAACUGCGAAAAUCAUCCAUGCGCGGCGGAUUCGCAAGAUUACUCGCCUGAUAUUGAGGCCCUCCACCAUUUGAGACGCGUUAAGGGCAUAGACCAGCGACUCGAUUGCUCGUCGGGCGAGGUCGAUCAGAACCCACGGCCUCGCUUGUUUUCUGCUUUCCUUACAUGCGAACCGCAUACCAACCAGCAGCCCCAAAAAGAAAGUCGCCAUGACAAAUGCGAUCAGGAGCUGCCUCCCAAUGAGCCACGCGACACGGCGAAGCGUGUCCAACAGCCUCUCGGGAGUAGUUUUGGCGGCCACAAGUAUCUGACCAACCCGCGAGAAUCACGUGUAGCCGUCGUUUGUGUUGCCAAACUAUGAUAUGUGUCCAUUGGAUGUGUUGCACACCUCCUGUGUCGCCGUCCUCUCGUAGACCAAUGUUGCAUCAAAUUCCGCAAAGGCUGCCUGAUAGCCAGCCGCGUCCCAAAACUCAGUUAUUGAGUCAGAUAAGGCACCCUGAUGAAAUGAAACACUCGAGUGGCCCCAUCGAUGGCGUCAGUGAUCCCCCUUCCGUUGCACCUGUUCUCUUCCCGCCGAUGACCCCAGCUCAUAUAAGGUCACCACGCGCCGCGUGGGCUUGGUUGCGCCCUCGGCCUGCCAGUGGGCAGCACUAUGCUCGUGGUCUUGAUGCAACUGGGGGAGGUGGCCGUCCUCGUCACUAGGGCUGGCGUCUGCCGAGUCCGUGACGGAGAGGCUCGUGAUGGUGGUCGCGUAUCUGCAUGGGAAAGUGUCGCCGUCCGACUGGGUGAUGCGAGAGAAGGGAGGCCGCACUUCCUCGCGUGUCCCAGCCUCGUGGCCCUCAUCGCUGAAAGCCAGAACGCACUCAUCGACAUCGCUGUGGCUGUGGAUCUGGUUGUCCUCCGCGAGAUGACGCAUGGAGACAGCACAUUGAUCUGGUGGGCAAUCGAGCUGGACCCAGUCAGUGUCUUCAGCCAUGGGGGGAGGGAGUUGGG